AUGGAAGAAAUACGAGAGCGUCAAAUACCCUGUUUUCAAGCUGAUAUGGUCAUCGAGAGAUCAGUUGAUUUGAGCAAAACUAGUGUUAACAACAAAACAUGUCCACUGUAUUUUGACGCAGAAGCGCUCAAACUCAUAACAAAUGUUUUAAAUGCAGCCGAGUGCAAAUCUCAGACACGAUUAAUUGGGGAACACUAUAGUGAAGAGGUAUUUGAAGAUGCUUUCAGUGAGAUAGCACGGACAAAAACGUCUCGGUACAAGUAA